AUCGGCUGUUGUUAGGAAAUCCGUAUUUCUGUUCUUCUUUCUAUUGAGUUCGUGUACAUGCUUGUUACUGGAUUAGUUUAGGAUCUUGCUUGCUGUUUUUACCUAGUACUAAUGCAGUAGACCAGGCAUAGGUUGCUGGUCCCUUGCGUGCUGCUCUGUUGAGUGAUCCGACAAAGUAAGCAGUCCGGUGCACUCCAUCUCAAGCCUCCCCACUACAAUCUAAUGUAGGAUGAAAGUUACAGAUCAGAUAACAUUUCUUUUUUUGUUGUUAUUUAAUCUAUCGCAUUGAUUUGUAAACAUCCAUGUGAACUUUGGUUUAAGAACUCAAGAUUCAUGUAAAGUUGGCCGGUUGGCCUGUUCAGGAUAUUGUUGCAAAUUUUCAUAUGAAGUUUGAUCAAAGCUAUAUGGUAUUACUGUAAGGGGUUCUGUAAGGAUGGGAACAGUGUCCGGCCUGUUGAGCCGUUUUGUUGGAAUGUGCAGGGAGGAGGUUUAAAAUGGCUCAACCUUCUGUUAUCCUAGCAACUGCAAGUUAUGAACACACAAUAAAAUUUUGGGAAGCUAAGAGUGGUCGCUGUUACCGUACUCUACAAUACGCAGACUCGCAUAUUAAUCGCCUUGAGAUAACCCCAGACAAGCGUUUCUUAGCUGCUGCUGGCAAUCCUCAUAUCCGUCUUUUUGACAUUAACUCAAACAGUACUCAUCCGGUAAUUAGCUAUGAUUCACACACUAGUAAUGUGAUGGCUGUGGGAUUCCAUUGUGAUGGCAACUGGAUGUAUUCAGGUUCUGAGGAUGGUACUGUGAGAAUCUGGGAUUUGCGCACUGCCACCUGUCAACGAGAAUAUGAGAGUCGAGCUGCUGUGAACACUGUGGUUCUGCACCCAAAUCAGAAAGAGCUAAUAUCUGGUGAUCAGAACGGAAACAUACGGGUGUGGGAUUUGGCUGCUAAUUCAUGCAGCUGUGAACUGGUGCCAGAGGUUGAUACAGCUGUAAGAUCCCUGACAGUCAUGUGGGAUGGGAGUAUGGUGGUUGCUGCAAAUAACCAUGGGACAUGUUACGUCUGGCGCUUGCUUAAGGGUACUCAGACAAUUACAUGCUUUGAACCCCUCCAUAAAUUGCAAGCGCAUGAUGGUUACAUUCUGAAGUGCCUGCUUUCACCAGAGUUUUGUGACCCCAACAGGUAUCUUGCAACAGCCUCAUCUGAUCACACUGUAAAGAUUUGGAACGUUGAUGGCUUCAAAUUGGAAAAAACUUUAAUAGGUCACCAGCGGUGGGUAUGGGACUGUGUAUUCUCAGUAGAUGGUGCUUAUCUGAUAACCGCUUCUUCUGACUCUACUGCGAGAUUGUGGACAAUGUCAACUGGAGAGGCAAUCAGGGUUUACUCGGCGCACCACAAACCAGUUGUCUGUUGUGCUCUUCAUGAUGGGGCUGAAUCAGCACCAUCAUAAGCAAGCAACCAUGUGCCUCGGGCAUUUUGUACAUAUUCUUUCAAUUUGAAAGCAUAUUCUUUCAAUUUGAAAGCAUAUGAGACUGAAAAAUUUCAGCACUCUUUAGGACCUUAGGGCAAGCAGCUGGUUUCAUGUGUUUGUAGUACCUGGUUGACGAAUAACGUGCAUGCACAAGGUGGAUAAUUGAUGCUAUGAUUUGUCGAGUGCGUCGAUUUAAGCAA